UAGACAUUGAAUAUUAAACCGACGCUACUUCAAAUGGUGGGGUACAUAAGCUGGUGGUGUUAUAACUGAGUGUAUAACUUAAACUCCAUCGGUCAUCAGUCUGAACUCUAAAUAUGCCGUCGUCUGAAAAUAACUAUCCAGGAGCUGCUAGUCUAAUUCAGGAUAUUGGAAGUUCGUUGUGAUUGGUGGCCCAACGAUCUUUUGUAGAAAAAAUGGCGAUUAUUGUACGAGGAGGUCGUAUGUUUAUUGGAUUUCUUCGAAUAAUUGACCAGUUCGGCAAUGUCGUCCUUCAUAAUGCUGUGGAACGUAUACAUGUGGCGAAAAAAUUCUGUGACGUUCCCCAGGGAAUACUUUUAAUUAGAGGUGAAAAUAUUACAAUUAUCGGGGAACUGAAUCCGGAAAUAAACAUCGACGAGAGGCUAGAAAGAGUUUCAGAAGAAGAGAUUUAUAAGCUCCAGCAAGAACAGACAGCCUCGCGCAAAGAACUAGCCAAGAAGCGAGCUGAACUAUUCGCGAUACGUGGAUUAGGUUUUCCAGACUUCUUAGAUAUAAUUGACGACACAUAGUCGUUGCACAUUUUCUACCAUGCUCAUUAAGUUGUCGCAAGUUGCAUAGUUUGUGUCAGUAAUUGAUAAUAAAACAUUGCUUAAAUCAAUUAUACAUAUGCUUAUGAAUAAUAUCCAUGUUUAUGCAGAAAUUUGUUAUACGAAAAAAAUAUCUUUCAAAUAAAUUAGUACAGUAGUUUUUGUGACAAA